AGCCCGCCGCGGGAGGAGCGGGCGGCCGCCGGCCCACGGCGUGCGUCUGGCUGAGCGGGGCGGGCGCGCCGGGACCACCCAGCGAUGCUGCCGCCGCCGGUGUAGCGAGCGCCCGAGCGCGCUGCGGAGAAAGAAAUGAACACGCCCACGAAUGCUAGAUGCCUGUGAGCUCCCUCGGCGGCACUGGAAAGGCAGAGUGGAGGCCUCCGAGUACCGGCUCCUUGCCCUUGGUCUUGGCGCUGCCCCUGCUGCUCACGGUCCACCAUGGAGACGCUGUCCCAGGAUUCUCUGCUGGAAUGUCAGAUCUGCUUCAACUACUACAGCCCCCGGCGGAGGCCCAAGCUGCUGGAUUGCAAACACACCUGCUGUUCGGUGUGCCUCCAGCAGAUGAGGACGAGCCAGAAGGACGUGAGGUGCCCCUGGUGCCGCGGCAUCACCAAGCUGCCCCCUGGCUUCUCCGUGUCGCAGCUGCCCGAUGACCCCGAGGUCCUGGCCGUCAUCGCCAUUCCGCACACCUCCGAGCACACCCCGGUCUUCAUCAAACUUCCUAGCAAUGGGUGCUACAUGCUGCCCUUGCCCAUCUCCAAGGAGCGCACACUGCUGCCCGGAGACAUGGGCUGCCGCCUGCUCCCCGGGAGCCAGCAGAAGUCCGUCACGGUGGUGACCAUCCCUGCGGAACAGCAGCCGCUGCAAGGCGGGGCUCCGCAGGAGGCAGUGGCCGAGGAGCCGGACAGGCGGGGCGUGGUGAAAAGCUCCACCUGGUCGGGCGUGUGCACUGUCAUCCUGGUGGCCUGUGUCUUGGUCUUCCUCCUGGGCAUCGUGCUCCACAACAUGUCUUGCAUUUCUAAGCGCUUCACUGUGAUAUCCUGUGGCUGAGGCGGGGUGCAGGGAAGGCUCUUGUGGGUGUCAACUUAGGGGGUUGAGUAGGUGUUGGUGACGGGAUCCCAGCGAGAAGAUGGGGGGCGACACUGACCAUUUGGUGCUGAGCGCUGGCCUCUGGGUUGCCACUUGAUUCACCUGAAGACAGAUGCCAAGGGAGGAAGGUGAGGUCUCUACAAGAUGCCAGGUGAAUUGAUCUGAGUGUGGAUGGCAACGGCUUUGAAGAUGAUUGCAUGCAUCCUCAUAAUCAUGAACUAAAUGGGCUGUGAUUUAUGAGUUUUCAAGAUCAUGUUAUGAGAUAGACAUACUCUACUUAGACCUUAAACCGUACAUGUGCAUACCAUGUGAUCUCUAAAUGCGGUAGAUGAAAAUAAAGAUGCUGUGUAUACAAGUAGAAUUAAAUCUUGAAUCCAUGUAAAAAAUUCAGUGAAGACAUACACUGCAGGCUUCUUUGCUCUUUUUUUUUUUUUUAAUGGAACCCAGUCUUCAUCUAGUUGCUAAGAUUUUUUUAUAUAUAUAUAUAUAUAUACAUUUUGAAUGGAACCCCAAAUCAAAAUAAGUGAAAUGGAUAGUCGUUUUUGUUUUUGGAGAAAAUAUUUGAACAAGUGUCUCCAGUGUGUUGUGUUUUGUCAUGUACCUUCAUUUUUCUUCACUUGUGAUUAGAGCUUGCUACAUGUUUAUUAAGCUGAAAGCCCACCAGGGAAGCAAUAAACCAAGAAAUAAUGAGAAAUGCCUAAUCCCGCAGGAAACCUGUAUGCCAGUUUUUCUCAAGCCAUCUCACAAAAUAAGAAUUUAAAAUGUAAAUAUUGUGUAUUUGUGUGUGUAUGUGUGUGUGUGAUUUGAUUUACCUCAGGUUUUUGAGUCUUUUCAGAAGAACCCCAGGAUUAAGACCUCGUGGGCAUGAAGAAGUCAAGUAUCUGAAACGGUGGGCACCUCGAUCCUCCCAAUGAGACAUCCCCUAUGCGACACCCCAAUACUCACCCCUCUGCUCUGUGUUUAAGUCCUGUAUUUUUUAAGGCACAAAUGGAGAGUAACAAAAGUUUGACUUUUCUCCUAGUUCUGGAGUAUUAUAAAAGCCACACUUGUUGUUAGCAAUGGCAAAACUGAUGGGCAUUUCAAAAGGCAGUCCACAAUUAUUUUUUUGAAAGAUGCUGUUCCUUGAGCAUUAGACCUUUUUGAAUUCCAGUUUCCUCUUGUUGGUGUAAGCAAGAAAAUCUUCUGUAUUUCAAAAUAUGUUUUUUAUUGAGAGAAAUGGCAAGGUAGACUUACAAUUCACAUUCCUAAUGUAAGUGUUCUUAAAUGUGUAAUGGUUUAUAGAUGUUCAUAAAGAAAGAACUGCUGGAUUAAAUAAUAAAUUCUCAUCUCUGGGUUUGUCUGCAUGUAGAAAUAACUGUAAAUGUUAUAGUUUUCUUGUAAUUCCUUUUAUGGAAUUCAGGAAGUAAGUGGUGGUAUGUGUCAAGAACUCCACUCAAAUAUAUGUUUUUAGGUAUAAAUGACUCCUGGAAAAUGGUGGGAAGGGUAGGGGUGGGGAGAAAUAGGGACAGAAAAGCAAUGACUGGUUCCAAAAAGGAAGGCUAGAAAGAAGCCCUGUAAGAUCAAGACAACUUUAUUUAUUUAUAUGCUAACUAUUAUCUUCAAGCAGCACAAAAUAUGCAUUCUAAAGUGAUGGAGUUCAUGUGAAAUAAAACAAGAAUUAAUAACUAGAAUACAAAGCUAACACCUAAUUGGCAUGAGAAUUCAAUAUAAAAAUAGGAACUCUGGUCUUUUCAGAUCUUUCAAAUUUGUCGUAAGACCUUUAGAAAAUGUGUUUGAAAGCUCAAACUAUAAAUUAGGUUAAAAUGCCAUUUUAUUGUACAAGCUAUUGGGCAUUAUACAACAAAUAAUCUAGGAUUUAUUUUAUAUUAAUAAUUUAGGUAUCAUAUUAGCUGAAUACUAUCCUCUAUUACAUAACAUAAAAUGCUGUUGGGUUAGUGUCAAUUUCUCAAACUCCCAGGCUGCUGUAAUGCAUGUCUGACCUAAUUUCUAUUUCUCUUGGAGGAAAAAGAAAAAAAUGACAGAAAUGUUGCAUUUAAAAUGCUGCAUUUAAAAUGGACUUUACCUUUGUAAUUUUAAGCCAUGUCAUAUUCAAAUUAAUUUUUGAGCGAUAUCUGCAUACAUUUAUGUACAGUAUGAAAUGACUGACCUGUAGUGUAGUAUGUGAUAGAGUUCUACUUGUUUAGUAGGUUAUAUAUAGACACUAAUGUGUGUGGUGAUAGUGUCCUGUGUUUCUUAGUGCAAAGCUGUAAAGUAAAAAUGUCCACAGAACUUUUACUUACAAACAAUCCUGUGCUAGAACUGCAAUUAAGCAGUGCAAAAUUAAUUAGCUCUCUGGUAGAUUCUUGACCUUAAAACUUAACAAUAAUCACCCAAAUCGGAAUUUUUUGUGUGUAAAUCUUACUGAUGUAGGUAGAACAUUAUUUAAAUUGUUUAAAUGGAUUCUGCUUGCAGGUUGAACACCUCCUUAUUAGGAUGUGCUUUUGAGUGUGUGUGUGUGUGUGUGUGUGUGCGCGCGCGCGCGCGCUCUUGCGCUCAUGAGUGGGGGGCAGGGAGGAGAAGAGGCAAAGAGAUUUCUUAGCCUGCCAGAUAGAAUUUUUCCAGGCUUAAUGAUGUUUUGAUGUUACCUGGCAAGCCAUUACUCUGGUCUCUUCUGAAAUUUACCCACAACACUAACAACUUAUGCAUCCCUUGUGACAAAAGCCCAGCGACACAGAGGCCGGAAUUCAUAGUUGCAUACCAGUGAAAUGUCACAACUGGAAAGCCCAGGAAGAGCUGAAAACAGCCUCCGAUGGUUUCGUGUUGUAGAUGAGCCCAGGGCGGCUCAGAGAGGAGUGUGGAGACUUGUAAUUCUGCAGCAAAGGGGGAUGAGAACUGUGCAUUGCUGUCCCUCUUGCUUCUUUCUAGAUCCAUCACCGUGUCUAUCUGGCUGAGCUUCUAGUCGGGGUUGAUGGAGACCCUUUAUUAUCUCAACUACUGCUUUAAAAGUGUUGUUUUAUAGUUUCUUCAUUUUAGUUAGCUACCUCUCUGGAAAACAAAAAAAGGUUAGGGUUAGGGAAGAGGAUAGACAUUUAAAAGAAACUGUCUGACCAUAUUAUCUGAGUUUUUAAAAUUGCAAAGAACAAUGUGUAAAGAACAAUGAGUGUUGUGUAAAUAGUAAACUAUAAGCAGCAUGUGUUUUCAUCUUUAUUAAUGAUCUUGACAUAAGCAAGAGAAUGCUUUAAUAUGUUUAGUAGAGCUAAGUAUGCCACCAAAAAACAUUGUCUUUGAAAAAAUUUUGUAUAAUGACUUGGGGCACAAAUUUUGAUGAAAAGGCAAAUUGGUUCUGAGUUCCAAUCACAUUUUUUGAUCAGAAGGCUCUAAGGUAUUUUCUUUUAAAAUGUAAGUUUAAUAUUGUGUGUGGCUUACAGAGUGGCCCCUUGGAGUUUCAGCUGUGCACUGGUGUAGCCCUUACAGUUUUCUAGAUCAGUGCCAUUCUGUGGAACAUUCUGGAAUGAUGGAAAUGUUCCAUAAUGGGUGUUGUCCAGUAAAAUAGCCACUGUCCACAAUGACUGACAAUUCAAAUGCGGAUAAUAUGACUAAAGAACAUAUCUUUAAAUUUUAUUUAAUUUUAAACAAUUUAAAAUAGAGCCCCAUGUGACUAGUGGCUACCAUAUUGGCUCAUGGCAUCAAGGUGUUCCUAACAGACCAGAGAGAAUUUGUGGGCUAGUAACAAGCAUUUGGCAAAAAAAAAAAUAAUAAUAAUAAAAACAAAAUCCUUUCUGGGCUUAAGAAGUGUGUGAUCCCAAGUAUAACAGUGAGAACUCAUUGGUUGCCCUUUGGGGUUAUUAGAUAUUUUGGACCAAGGAAUCAUCAGUGAAGCUUAAAGAGUGUUUUAUUAAGCCCCUUUUCUGGGACCAUUAGCUGCAUGUGAAUCUAUUGUCCAAAAAUAGUAGUUAGACAGUAGCUGUAAAACGUUUGACUUGCAAGCUGUGCAUGAUCUGUCCUGUGAAAUUGUGUUUAGGGUCUUGUGGCCAAAGAGUAAAUGUUACAGGAAAAAAUAAGCCUAAUGAAAUCCUUCUUCACUUUCAGUAUCUUACCCACACUUCAUUGCUGCGUUCGUCAGGUGUGAGAUCUAAGAGCAAGCGUGUUUUUGGUGUUCAGAAUGGUUUUGUUGCCCUUGAAGUCUGCCAGCUUGUCAUUGUAUUUGGUAUGGCAUAUGUAGGCAUCAUUUGUCAAAUGCCAGACGAAAACGCAGGUACUAUUUUUAGAGUGGGAUUUGGCAGUGUUUUAGUGUCUCUUGUUUUAGCUAUCACUAAAAGAAUUUAAGAUUUGAAGCUUUGCACAAAGUCACUUUUUAAAAAUCUAUUUUAGGGUAAAAAAACAAAACAUUGCCCAAUAGAAUUUAAAGACUGGAAGAUUAUUAAAGCUACUAGAAUUGAUUUUUUUUUCUUUUUUCUUUGUGGUGCUGGGGAUUGAACCCAGGAUCAGGCCCUGCACCACUGAGCUACAUCCCUAACCCUAGAAUUGCUUUUAAAGUGAGUCAAAGGAAACAGAAAAUUCAGUUUGAGAUAUAUUUUCAUAUAAAGAUCAGACUUUUACUGGUAGCCUGCUAUUAUUCUGGUCCAGAUUUUGAUUUGAAGAGUUUCCAUUCCUUUAUUUGAAAAUCUGUGCCAUAGCCAGACACUGUGGUGCUUGCCUAUAAUUCCAGCUACCUGGGAGGCUAAGGCAGAUGAUUGCAAAUUCAGGGCCACCCUGAACAACUUAGGGAGGCUCCAUCUCAAAGAUGAAAAGAGCUGGGGCGUGGCUCAGUGCCAGAGUACUCCUGGGUUCGAUUUCCAGUAUCACCAAAAAUUUAAAAAGAAAAAGAAAAUCUGUUAAAAUUGGUUAGUUGGAUUUUCAUUGUGUCCAAAAUGUAAUGCAAGUCAAAUGCAUUUGCUUUAAUGUAGGAAAAAAAAAUUUUUUUUUAAUUCUAGAACUUGCCAGUGGGCAAGACUUUUUUUUUUUUUCAGCUCUAGAAUUUUGUUUUUAAAUUUUUGUCAAAAUGUAAGUUAUUCUCUAUACUUUUAAGUUGGGAGCCCAAAGGUCAUUGUUGGGUGAGGAAUGACACACAAAAGACUGUGAUUUCCAUCUUUCCUUUAGAGAAAUGAUGCUGCUAACUAGGCAGCAUUUUGUUCCCACACAGAAGUGUCAGCCAAUCUAUCUGUCAUCCUUGACCUCAGUGGAGAAGCCAUUCCUUGACCUUUCCACCAUUCUCAGUAAAACAACACCCAGAAGGUAAUCCUUACCAAACCAGAAAUUCCAAAGAAUGAGGUCACCAAAUUAAUUCCUGACUCUUUUGAAAGCACUCUGUUUUAAGAGCAAUGAUGAUCAGUUGCUGGAUUUUGCUACACAUACACACAAAUACACAGUUUAGCUGUGAUUGGAGAUAAAGUUAAAACCACUGUUAGUCCUAUUUCCCAAUUCGUGAAUUAUACAGUAUUGAAUUUAGAUGUUAAUUUCUUAACAAUUGCUAUCAGCUGCACUCAUGUCAAACCAAUUACCUUUGGGAGUAAGCUCUUCAGACUUCUCAGAAUAUUUGAAAAGUUGGGUUCUACUACAUUUAUUUUGUUGGAAAGCCAUUGGUCACUGAGGGACAUAAGCAAGUGGGGCAUUUUAAUUUCUGUCUCUUAGAGAGCUUACGUUUUGGCUCUGCUUGAGGGGUCAGGACGGUGCACCAUUGCUCCUGAACUUCUACAGUGUGGCUCCCAUUUCUGCACAAGUUUCCUUGCUCUGUCUAGCCAAUUAUCUUUUGAUUUUUUCUGGAGUCAACUGCCUGGGAUAUCCCACUGUGUAAAUCUUACUUAUGAUGUAGUGGUGCUUGAAAACACAUGUUCACUGAAUUUUAUUCUAAUCUAAGGGUUUUGAUACCAUUCAUAUUAUGAUACUUUUAGGGACAAUCAAUAAUUAUAGCCAAGUACCAAGGGGCUUCCUGAGAUCUCCCACGGUAUGCCUGUUCUUUGUUUUUGCAGGAAUUUUUUUCUUUUUAUCUGUCCCUGUUCUUCCAAACCCCUGUUCUGAAUUCAUCACCAUGAGAUGUGGGGCGAGGAGUCCAUGGGAAAGUCUAUAAUCUCCCUGAGGUGUGUGUUAUUGGGUUAAUCUAACAAGAGGGAUGUUUAGUUUUCAAUUUGACUUUUACUUUUUGAGAAUCCAGAAGGAGGUGAUUGGGUAUGGUAGAGAGAGAGCAUGGGAUGUAAAAAGGGAGAGAUGUGACAAAUGCCCCCUACAGGAGAAGUUGAUAUAUCUCUAAGUAGUGAGGGGACAGUUGCUGUUAUCUUACACUGUGCUGGAUUGGCUGGGAGAGAACCCAACUAUUAAGUGGACCCUCCUUGGGCGAGGUAGAGAAGGCCUUGGGUCUGUAUCAAGGGAUAGGUAGAUAUGCUCAGUGAGGGAGAAAAUACUUCACAAAGGAGGGAAAAUCUGUGAUACAGAUAACUGCAAAACAAGAAAUGGGCACUGAAGGUCAGUCGUGGCAGAGACCAGCUUAGGACAACUGGGAUAACUUGGUCAAGCACAAGCUGCCAUUAUAGCGUGGACUCCAAAUUCAGUUUUUUUCCCUCCCCCUAUCUUUUUGUCUCUCUGUCUCUGCGGCUCUCUUUAGUUGAAGAUGAACCCAUGCUCAGCUGAUGGGAGGCUCCAGGGAGGCCCCAUUUUUCCUGCCAUCCUCUACAAUACUCUCAGGUUGGGUGGUCAGUACUCUGGACAGUACAGAUCUGCUCUAGACUUGGUGGCUGAUUCAAUGCAAACUCAAGUCUUCUGAACUGUGGAAGGCAUUGCUGAGUCUGUGGCUCUAUCCUGACCUGAGUAUCUUACUUCCGAGAGAAACUUAACCUCCUUGAGAAUCUUACUACUGUUGGGAAAGUUGGUUGAAGACUGUUUUGGUUUCUGUUCUGGUGGUUGUCAUUUAUUAUGUUUAUUCCUUCUGCCACUUGUCCAUGUUUGUCUCACUUGACAGUCACAGGUGUGGAAGCUGGUUUCGGUCUGGGUGGUCACACUGCUGCCCAGGGUACCUUCCCUUCUGAGAGCUCUGCUGGUGGGUUCCCUGGGCCCCUGGGUAACAAAUGGCUAGAUUAAUGCUGCCCGGAGGCUGUUAACCAGUCCUUGACAUGUUUUAUUUACAAUUAUGUGGAUUAUUUAUUUUAGGAGCUUUUCUUUUAAGGGGCCAAAUCGCUCUACAGAUAAAUGAGCUGCUGGGCCACGUAGAAAAUAUUGUCCAAAUGUUGCCAAAUAUUGACUUCGUAAAGGGGAUAUCAAGCUGCUGUUUAUAAAUCUGAAUGUCUUAAAAGCAUUCUUGCUUGCUCUCUCUGUUAUAGAUGGUGUCUUAGCCAGUCCUGAGUUUUUCCAAUGAAUCCAAUUUUAAUAUAUGGUAUUUUUGUAUGCCAAACUGGUGUCUUGUCCUUUGUAUAUGUGGUAAUGUUGAUUUUAUGACUACUGUUAAAACACAUUUGCUAUGAUUAAAAUUCAAAAUGAUUUCAAA